AUGCUUUGCCAGCGAUUUCUUGUCCUCGUCGUUAGCAUUUUUGCUGUAUUUUCUUACAGCUAUGCAGAGGUGACUGAGACCAUUAAUCUGCACCGUAGCGGCCUAAUCCGCAGGAAGGACGACUCUUUCUACAAACCCGACCAAAACUGGCAAGACGAGGAACCGGGUACGAUCCUCAAGAAACGGAAAGUCAAAAUCGCGCAAUCCGGCGUGCUGAGCCUUGGUACGAAAGGGUAUCAGCUUUUGUACCGCACCACUGGCCACAACUCAAAGACCCCGAGCUACACGGUGACGACCAUCCUUAUUCCGGAAAACUACGACAAGGACAAGCUUGUCGUUGCAAGCGUGUAUGAAGACUCGCAUGCACUUUCUUGUGCGCCCAGCCGCCGCUUGGUGAAGAGCUUGGACGUUUUCAGGAAUGUCGCAACCUCGUACCAGGAAUUAUUCUUCACCACCCUGCUCCACGAAGGAUGGGUGGUCACGGUCCCUGAUCACGAGGGCCCGAAUGCCGCAUUUACUUCUGGUAUUUCGGAAGGCCACGCUAUUUUGGACUCUAUUCGUGCCACGCUAAGCUUUGACGACCUUGACCUUGACGACGAUGUCAAGAUUGCAGGGUACGGCUACUCUGGCGGCGCAAUGGCUGCUGGAUUUGCCGGGAGCUUGCAGAGAUCGUAUGCUGAUGAGCUCAACAUUGUUGGCUGGUCUAUUGGUGGCACCAUUACCGACCUCUCUGCAUGGCUCCGCUACAUUGACCAGACCAACGGUGCCGGCUUUGCAUUGGCCUCCAUAGCUGGCCUCGUUUCCGACUAUCCCCAACUAAACUGGGUUGAACGCAACUUGACCGCCCGAGGAAAGAAGCUGUGGGAGCAAAGCAAACAUCACUGUAUGUUUGAAAAUCUUUGGGCCACUAGCUACAAACAUAUUUUGUCGGACGAGGUCUUUGAAGGUGGCUCGUCGUUCUUGAGUGAGUCGCGCGCAAGCAAGGUUUUGAACAAUCUGCGUCUCGGCACUAAUGAGAACCGCGUACCGAAAGCGCCAGUGUUUAUGUUCCACGCAGUGUACGACGAUGUCGUGCCGUACAGCCAGGCGAUCAACACUGCCAAAUCCUGGUGUGACCAGGGCGCCAAGAUUCGCUUCAUGACGAACAGUGGUGUUGAGAUGGGUCACACCAACACGGAGCUGUUUAAUCUUCCCAAUGUUGUCUUUUUUCUGCGCGACCGUUUCAAAGGCAAGGACUGGGGCGCGGACUGUCAAUGGGUCACCACGCUUAAUCCGUACUGGAACCCUGCGGUGCUUGGCAAAUCGAUCACGCAGGUUUUGCAGCAAGUUCUGGACCUUGUCGGCGGUCGCAUUGGCCCGAAUGACAAGAUUCUCAAGAGCAAAAUCUCGGACCACCAGACCCCGUGA